GUGAAGCUGGGGCGGUGCCAGAGCUCGAGCGCGGGAGUUAGCGUGUCGCAGCCAUGGUCGGCCAACUGAGUGAAGGGGCCAUUGCGGCCAUAAUGCAACAGGGAAACACUUCUAUCAAACCCAUCCUCCAAGUCAUUAAUAUCCGUGCUAUUACUACAGGCAAUAGUCCACCCCGUUACCGACUGCUUAUGAGUGAUGGAUUGAACACCCUGUCCUCUUUUAUGUUGGCAACCCAGUUGAACUCCCUUGUUGAGCAGGAACAAUUGUCCAGCAACUGUAUUUGCCAGAUUAACAGAUUUAUCGUCAACACUCUGAAAGAUGGAAGGAGAGUAAUUAUUUUGAUGGAGUUAGACGUUUUGAAGUCCGCAGAAGCAGUUGGAUUAAAGAUCGGCAAUCCAGUGCCCUAUAAUGAAGGACAUGGACAACAGCAAGUAGUGCCUUCUACGGUCUCAGCAGCCAGCCCAGUGGUCAGCAAACCUCAGCAACAGAAUGGGAGCUCAGGAGCAGGUUCAACUGUAUCUAAGAUGUAUGGUGCCUCAAAGACAUUUGGAAAACCUGCUGGGACGGGCCUCUCACACCCUUCUGGGGGAGCACAGGCCAAAGUCGUGCCAAUCGCCAGCCUCACCCCUUACCAGUCCAAGUGGACCAUUUGUGCUCGUGUCACCAAUAAAAGUCAGAUCCGUACUUGGAGCAAUUCCCGGGGGGAAGGGAAGCUUUUCUCUCUAGAACUUGUGGAUGAAAGUGGUGAAAUCAGAGCUACUGCUUUCAAUGAGCAAGUGGACAAGUUCUUCCCUCUUAUUGAAGUGAAUAAGGUGUAUUAUUUCUCAAAAGGCACCCUGAAGAUUGCUAACAAACAGUUCUCAGCUGUUAAAAAUGACUAUGAGAUGACCUUCAAUAAUGAGACUUCUGUCGUGCCCUGCGAAGAUGAUCAUCACUUGCCCACAGUUCAGUUUGAUUUCACAGGGAUUGGUGACCUAGAGAACAAGUCUAAAGAUGCACUUGUAGACAUACUAGGGAUCUGCAAGAACUAUGAAGAUGCCACUAAGAUCACUAUCAAGUCUAACAACAGAGAAGUUGCUAAGAGGAACAUCUAUCUGAUGGAUACAUCAGGGAAAGUGGUGACUGCUACGCUGUGGGGGGAAGAUGCAGACAAGUUUGAUGGGUCCAGACAGCCGGUAAUGGCCAUCAAAGGGGCGAGAGUCUCUGAUUUUGGUGGACGGAGCCUCUCCGUUCUGUCUUCAAGCACUAUCAUUAUGAAUCCUGACAUCCCAGAGGCCUAUAAGCUGCGUGGAUGGUUUGACUCAGAAGGACAAGCCUUAGAUGGUGUUUCCAUCUCUGAUCAAAGGGGUGGAGGAACAGGAGGCAGCAACACCAACUGGAAAACUUUAUAUGAGGUUAAAUUGGAGAACCUGGGCCAAGGUGACAAGGCGGACUAUUUCAGCUCUGUAGCCACGGUAGUGUAUCUUCGCAAAGAGAACUGUAUGUACCAAGCCUGCCCAUCUCAGGACUGCAAUAAGAAAGUGAUUGACCAGCAGAAUGGCCUGUAUCGCUGUGAAAAGUGUGACCGGGAAUUUCCUAACUUCAAAUACCGCAUGAUCUUGUCGGCCAAUAUUGCCGAUUUUCAAGAGAAUCAGUGGGUGACUUGUUUCCAGGAGUCAGCUGAAGCGAUCCUUGGACAGAAUGCUGCUUACCUUGGGGAACUCAAAGAGAAGAAUGAGCAGGCAUUUGACGAAGUUUUCCAGAAUGCCAACUUCCGAACUUUCACCUUCAGAGUCAGGGUCAAACUGGAGACCUAUAAUGACGAGUCUCGAAUUAAGGCCACUGUGAUGGACGUGAAGCCUGUGGACUACAGAGAGUAUGGCCGGAGGCUGGUCACACUCAUCAGGAAGAAUGCCCUGCUGUGAGGAGAGCAAUGCUUAUGGGACAGAAGUUUGAGGUGGAAUCUUCUUCCUGCCCCCAUGUGACCCCCACACCCUCAUCAGUUACACAGGAGCCUCUUCAUGGUGGACAGUUUCUUCUGUGUACCUCUUGGGAUGCAUUGGUGGACAAAGGAUAUGCUCAGAGGGCUGUGGUAUAAACUGUCAGACCUGGAGGUCAGCCAGCAGGUAGCAUAGCCCUCCUAGCCCCUCCCUUUUGACUUCAGAUUUCUGUCAGAUUUAUUAAGAAUUCAAGCAAGAAUUAUGUCAAGAAAUUGACCCUCCCUACAGACAGUGAAGUAAAUUAUGUCACUUGAGUUUUGCUUCUCCAGUACUGACACCUUCACAACUUGGGUCCUUCCUGGGAGGAGGGAGUGGGGAACUGAGGUGUUGAUUAAGUGUAUCUUCCUGGAAUUCAGAGGCUCACUCUUUCUACAUUUGCCACAUGGUUGUUAGUGCUUGGAAUGGCAGUAGAGUAGAAUUAUUAAUCAAAGGCCUAUCUUUUAUAUCUGAAGACUACCCUUCCUUCAGGGUUUAAUAGAUUUAAUAGACUAAGUCAGAAGGGUCUGAUAUUAAUCAAAAUUGUCUCUUCUGAGGAUGGCUGAUAAGCAUUGACUUGCUGUCCCCUGGGGACAUCCAGGCAACUACAAAGCAUUGCUUGGGUUUUCACUUCAAUUAAUGUUGCAUUUUGGUUGGCGAAGGCACACUUUUUGUACCUGUACAUACUUCUUGCAUUUGUGUGUUUAUUUCUUGAUUAAAGCUCGUUAAGUAGAAAAGAUUUUGAAGGGAGAGACGCUCCCCUUGUUUCCCUUACUUUGUUUUAAUAAACAGUAUGUUCUUUGCUUGUGAA